ACUGGGCCCUGGACUCAGUGACUCGCCCUAGGGCCCAGGAGUGGGGUCUGUGGUUGGAGCCAUGCGUUCCUUAUGCAGAUUAGUCCUUUUCUUUGGCCUGUGCGGCUGUUGCAUUGCCCAGGGACAAAAGAAAGAAGACAGCACAGAAGAAGUAAAAAUAGAAGUUUUGUAUCGUCCAGAAAACUGUUCCAAGACCAGCAAGAAGGGGGAUCUACUCAAUGCCCACUACGAUGGCUACUUGGCUAAAGACGGCUCAAAAUUCUACUGUAGCCGGACACAAAAUGAAGGCCACCCCAAAUGGUUUGUUCUUGGUGUUGGACAAGUCAUAAAGGGCCUGGACAUUGCUAUGAUGCACAUGUGCCCUGGAGAAAAAAGAAAAGUGAUUAUACCUCCUUCGUUUGCAUAUGGAAAGGAAGGCUAUGCAGAAGGCAAGAUUCCACCUGAUUCGACAUUGAUUUUUGAGAUUGAACUUUAUGCUGUCACCAAAGGACCACGGAGUGUUGAAACAUUUAAACAGAUAGAUGCAGACAAUGACAGGCAACUUUCUAAGCCUGAGGUAAGCUAUUACUUGGAAAGAGAAUUCGAAAAAGAUGAGAAGCCACGUGACAAGUCAUAUCAGAAUGCAGUCCUAGAAGACUUCUUUAAAAAGAAUGACCACGAUGGCAAUGGCUUCAUUUCUCCCAAGGAAUAUAAUGUGUACCAACAUGAUGAACUAUAGCAUAUUUUAACUACUUACUCCACUUCACAUAUAAAACAAUUUACUUUUCUCUAUCUUGUGUUUUCUACUUUCCUCCCAUGAGAAGAUACUUUUUCCCCAAAAAUACAUGGUAGUUUUUGUAUAAUAAAUGUGAGACUAUUUCGCAAAUUUAA